AGCAAAUACUUUGUUUAAUAUUUGGAUCAAAUAUAAGCCUCGACUGCCAGAGUGGUAUUACAAUGAAAAACUUCUGAAAGCUGGUGAUUCCCUUGCUCAGAUCAAAGAAUAUAAGUUAGCACUUCUACAGUGCUAUGGAAGAUACCUUCAGCAAUUUGUUUCUGUAAACCUUGAUGAUAUCACAGAUGACGUGCAUCGAUUUAAAUCCAUCUUUUUUCCAAAUGGUUUCAGAGACAAAAAUGCGGCACUUACGGUAUUUGCUCGCCGUGGUCUAAUUAAAGUUGAUGAACUGAAGCAAUUAGAAAAUACCAGUUCUUUGCUGGAAAAUUCAGAGACAAAAAAGAUUUUUCGAGAGGCCACUCUAAAGAUGUCAGUAAUGAUUUUCAAGAGGGCAGUAUAUGAAUCGAGAAGAAAGCCGAAAAGCUACUUACGACCUAAGAUACGGGUUAGCCUGAAAGAAGCACAACACUUGCCAUGGCCUCGCACUACUACCGAACGGCUGCUGUCAGAAAUGUUUGAUGGUGUUGCAGCUCAGUUCCUUGCCAUCCUGGAAGCCCUGUCUGAUAGCAGCAGGCAUGUGUUGCGCCCUGCCCCACCUGUUCCUGAUGAAAUUGAAAUUCGUGAUGUCAUUUCGGAGCUUUUAUUUGCAGGCCUGGAAAUCCUCUCAGGUGGAGUGAGCAGUACUGAUAUUCAAAGAAGUCAUUGCACUGAUCGUUUUGGUAUAAUUAAUGCAUCAUCAACUCUUCUGCAGUUGAUUCUAACAGGAGAAAACGGGGUGUCUGGAGAUGCUGCUGUGAAAUUUGUAAAAUUAGCUUUCAGCUAUGAAGAGUGGGAUGUAUUUGAUUCUGCUAUUGAAUUUGUUGUUAAUUUUCUUCAGUCUCAAGAUGACCCAACAUGGAAGAAAGCUGAAAUGGAACUCAAACUUCUUACACUGAUGCAACCGUUACUAUUUCCAAGAAAAUUUAAACACAGCUUUUCUAUUAGUGAAAAUAUUGCCAAAGAAGCUAAGAUGCCUCAUGAUUCUGAAAAGAAGCAAACAUUUAGAAAGGGUUCCUUAAAGCACGGAGAACCUUCCGAUGAUCUUAUCAUUUUGGCAACAACAGUGUUUUCCUGUGUCUCCAUGUCUAAGCAGAAUAUCCAACCUGACAAAGAAAUACUUGUUGAUGUAAUAAUGUUUUUGUGGCAGAAGUGUAAAACAGGACUUCAGCGAAUCCAAAUGAGUGGAAGUGACUACAUAAAAUACAUCCACAAAUGCAAAGCUUACCAAUGGGUUCACAUACUCUGGAUAAUAAAUGAAGUCAUUCAGAAGAGCAGCAUAGCAGACACUAAUGGUGUAAUGCUUGCAGAGAUAACUUUACGUCUGAGUGCAAUAUUGGAAAAUGCAGCUGAUUCUACAAGAAAAUCUAAGAAAAAAGCAGGAAGAAGUGCCUCUGUCUCACAAGAUGAAACAUGUGAUAUGCCUGAAAUACUGAUGAAAAGUCCCACAGAACAAUUACAAGUUGCUUAUGAAAGUCUUGAAAAAGCAAUUAUUGGAAUGAACACAUCUCGCUUAAUGGCCCUUCUUCCAGAUGGAAAGUCAAUAUUUGACAACUGCUGUACAAAGGUGGACCCAAAUGAUCAGAAUUUGAAUUCUCUUUUUGGAUAUGGUAAUGAUAAGACAGGAACAGGUAAUGGUUUUGUAAUGGAUCUACACUUAGAGCUCAUUCAGGCCCAACAUCGAGUAGCUGUGAAACUACUUAAAAUGACACAAGGUGCUCAAAAGGAUGAGAGAAGUCUUAAGUCUAGCAAGUCUCAUGUGAAGAAAAUUAAAGAUUUCCAUUAUUUAACAGACGUGAGAUACAAGGCUUAUUCAAUCUGUGAUCCGACGCCGUAUGAUUGUGCUCACAGCCUUAUAAAAGAAGCACUAACUUUAAUUGAGCAAGUUGAAACUGAACAAAGUGCAUUGUAUCACAGUCUCAAAGAAGCUAUGAGCAGCAAGAAAAAAAGCAGGAUUCCUCCUCCUCCUCUAUUACUUUCUCGAUCACAUUGCUCCAUGACAUUUAAACCAGCCCCAUUCUCUUCAGAUAUUCAGGUUUCGUGGUACACUAUUUUGGGCUCUGUAGCAGGAGGAAGUAAUAUGAAAGUAAGGUUAAAUAACAAUAAACUUCCAAAUACAGGAGAAGAGAUACCAGCUGAUGGGAAAAGCCUCUUGGAAAUACAUGGCUUAGAUCCCAAUGAGAAAUACAUAUUUGCAGUUGCAGCAUAUUCUUCUGCUGGAAAACUUAUUGGUGACGCCAUUGGGGAAACGACUAAACCCAUCCUUGCUUAUCCACCUCUUUCUACUACUACUGUUCGAGCCUAUCUAACUCAGGUAGCCUAUCAGACUGGCAACUAUACAUUAGCCAGAGAAUCAUUUUCACCAAUGUGGGAUUAUUUUGUUUCAAAUUCUUCUCCACUGCCUGCCAGUGCAGCUGUUACUUCUGCAAGUCGUAAUUUGACUAUAUCUGAAAACAGGUUACAUUUUGAAGCUGUGUCUCAGACUUCUCCUAUUACCUUGCACCUCUUUCUGAGGAAUAUAUUUGCUGUCUGUGACAUUAAUGUCAUGGAAGGAGCACUCUUCUGUGAUUCCAUCUGUUCCAGGGAGAUACUUUAUAAGGAACAAGUUGCUAGAUUAGCAGAAUGUGAAAGAAUGACUGUGGCAAUUGAACUUAGCAAUUGGUUGAAUGAUGCAAAUUACACCCUGCAGUCUGUUGUACAAUGUUAUGGUCUCCUUGCUCCAAUUAUUUAUCACAAGAUUUCUUCAGUGCCAGUAGUUCAGAUCCUCAUUAAGUGCUUGGCUGUCCUUCAAGAAAUUCCAAGUGCUACUUUGCAGAAGAGGCAGACAGGAUGUUACGAGAGUAUUCAACAUAUGAUAGCUUGUACUUCAUUUUAUACAGCAAAGAUAAUUUUAGAAGAGAUUUUACUGGAGAGGAGGUAUGAAAAAGAGGGAAAGAAGGAAAGAAAACCUGCUGAAUUUAAAACUCCCAGUGAAAAAGGAAUUGCAUGUGCUCUACCUGUUCCCAAAGAUAACCCUUUAACUAUGGAAGGAGUUGAACAUUAUGGUCAUGAUGAUGAUGAUUUUAACAUUAUUUGUUUGUCAGAAGGAACGACCACCUUCUCUGUAUCAAUGAGUAUGGAGACCUCAUCUUUAAAGAAACCGAAUGCAUCAACUCUGAAGAAACCAAGAAAAGAAGCCUUGAGUCCUAUUCGAAAAAGACAGACUCUUAGACAGUAUUUAGUGAAACAUUCAAACAUAGUGAAAUCUCCAGAAGCACAAAGGAAAUGCAAGGAAGAGUUGCGAAAAGUAGCUCGUCACACUUUAGUGGUACUGCUGAAACCAGUUGUGAGUACUUACUUAAACCGAAAGAAGUUUCAUCAAAUGUGUCUUGAAGAGAUGCCCUGGAGGUCUCAGAUGAAUAUCUAUCUGGCAGUUGCACACUACAACUUAUUUAAAAAGAAACUGGAAGAGCAAUAUAACAUUGGAAUUUGUGGUUCACAGCAUCUGGACAGUUACAAUAUUUUGGAUCCCGAAAUAUUCUCGUUAAGUAAUUCUGGCACUGUACUGGUGAGAGAAGCUGUAGAGAAUAACACGAGAACACCAACUCCUCCUCUCCAUAAAAAGUCAGGAAUAACUGAAAAACAAACUUGUACAGAUAAAUCUUCCGAGCACAGCAUUAAACUGAGUGGAAUAGAUACUCCUCAAACCCAAACAAAAAAUGAUACAGAAAUAUCCAUCUCUCAUUCCCCCAAAGAAUACAACGAGUUUCUGUCAAAUACGAUUUUAUCGGAGCAUUGUACAAAAAUCUUUUUGCAUUUGAGAAGAGCAGUGGUUCUCGCUCAUCGUGGUGGCCACUGGACGUUGCUUCAAAAUGCUUGUCGAGAGCUUUGGAACUAUACUCAAGAAUUACAAUUGAUUGCUAACCAUUCACAUUUCCAUAUGGAUACAUUUCCCAUUACCAGGAAUUUUCUUACGAGCACCAUUUGGUUCACAUUUUAUUUGGCAUCAGACAUGAGCAUUGACAUGAUAACUGAACUACAAGCAAGCAAAUCUCUUAAGAUCAUGGAUCCUGAAGGAGACUUCUGCAUUCCCAGUUGCUUAGGAGGUAUUAUGGAUGAGAACGGUGGUUCUAAUCUCCAUCCACAGUCUCCCCUGGAUGAUGUGAAUGUGGUUGACUUGAAAUCGAUAUGUAAUCUGAUUCUUAAAACAAUAGAAUUGUUAUAUCAAAUGAAGAAGUGGGAAGCACUGGUACACAUAGCUGUACAAUUUAACAUAUUUACACAAGCUGCUUUUAAAUAUUGGUGUCAAGCCCUUGAUGAAACACUCAACAUUGCUGAUGCUCUUAACAACUGGCAAGAGUUAGGUUUUCAAAAAAAUGCUACAGACUUCUUUGCAGUUGGAAGAUCGACUGAUAUUAGUCAGAAAUUUCUUUCUCAGGCUGGAGUUUGGGGAUGUUUACAUGCAGCAGUCUUAGUGGCUAAGAUAGCUCAGUAUACAACACCAUCAAAGAUGAGAGUAAGAACUAAAUACUGCUGGUUUUCUGCUAUACUUUUUAAGACCCUGUUUAGAGCUUCUCUUCCACAUCCAACAUCUGACUGUGACUUUGCACAAUAUGAAGCAAAUAUGCUUAUUCCUGGUAUCGACUUGUUCUCUGAUCGCUGGAGAGCUGAUAUCUCUACUGUAGUUGCAAGUCUGAAUUUCCUUAUGUUUGAACUACAUUGUGCAAAACAAAAUUUAGUAAUUUUACCAUUGUUCACAUUAUACCAAUACAUUGUUUCCGAGAUUUGUAAGGACCCAGCUAAAUGUAUUGAAGGAAGAAUCUUCAAGAUUAAGGUACUCACAGAUAUAGGCUUUUUUACGGAGGCCUUUCAUGAACUGUCUUUGCUUUACUGUGGAGAGAGAAUUCCAUGGAAAAUACCUGCAGGAUACAGAAAAAUUGAACAAAUGAAGGCCUCACAGAAGUUUGACUCCUCAAAAUCUCUCCUGUCUGUUACAAAUUUACAGGUACUCGAAGGCAUAUUUAAUUGGAGUCUGUCUUUAACAAUGGUGCCACUGUGCAACCAACAAACUAUGAAUAAAUUAACCUUAGCCAAAAUGCAUUUCAUCAUUUGCCUUUCUGCCACAAUAAAUAAUUUACCUGAAAAAGUGGAAAAACACAUCUAUUCUGUUGAUAACAAUAGCUUGAAGGAGCCAAGCAGAAUUACAGCAUCGAAUGUAAAAGUUGAUGCUGAUAAGAAUCCAAGACAACAGGAACAAAGAGGCAUAGUGGUGCAGCUCGUUGACUGUAAAGAUGAAUUAAAUAUGGCCAUGCUGAAGUUUCACAUCACAAAAAAGCCUAAAACCGAGGACUGGCAUAUUCUUCUUUCAGAGGGGUCUUUCACUUUGGAAGUAUCUACUUUUGGCCAUUGUUACAAACAAAGCAAUGUACAAAACACAUCUGGAGAAAUGGAGGAUGGUUUUGUGUGGGAAUUGGGGAUUUUAUUGACAGAAGCUGAAGAAACUCUUAGCCAUCUUGUACAGAACAUACAGGACAAAUAUGACGGGGAGAUAUCUGGGUGUUCUGCUGAAGAUUUAGAGGCUCUUACUGAGGCCAAACUUCAGCUUGCUGCUAUUUCUCAGCAAAGACAUCAAGCAGCUUUCAGUGUUGCUUUGGCUUUCUCUGCAAUCCGACUUCUCCAAGAUGCAAAAAUUUUUAGGACGGAAGCAACACAUUUGCAAGAAGAAAAGGGUGAAAGGGAGCAUUCGGACUCUUGCAUUGGAGAUGUUCGACUGCCUCACAGUAUAACAGCACAGGAACAUAUGAAUGUACAUCUGUGGUUAAAGUGUCGUACAGUGUUAGCGACUGCACUAGUAACACAGAUACAUGGCGCUGCUGAUAUGAAAGAAAACGAUGUGGCUGAACGCAGAAGUGUAAUAAAAGAAGUAAUACUAGAGGCAGAAGCUUUUGAUGAUAUUGAGACUCAGGCUGAAAUGAUGGUGCAAGCUGCUAUUCUUGACCUGCAAGAAAAAUGUCCCAUCACAGGAAUUAAACUUCUUUUGCAGAUUUUUGUUUGUGGAGAACCCAUUGAACAGCAAAUUGAAGACAGUACAUUGACUUGCCUGGUCCUACCUACAAAAAAUAUCUACUUGCCACAUAUCAACUUGCUAGCCCAAGUCAAAAUGAGAAUUGGGCACGCAUUAGCUGAAAAAGUAGCUUGUACACCUGCAAGAGGAGACCCACUGCAAUGGCUACAUGCUCUCAAACAUUUAGAAUCAGCAUUGAAGCUUUGCAGAGCAUCUGCAACAAAAAAAUUAGAUAUGGAAGCUGAACUUCUUUUUCAGAUAGGUAAGGUAGAACGCCAGAUAACUGAAGCAGGCAAUAACAAGUCAUCUCAGGCUGUUGAAACCCUGUUGGAGGCUAUAAAACUCAGCCAGCAACAUGAUCAAAAAUUUGAGUUAAUAAGAAGAUCAUACCUCGAAAUAGCACUAUUAUAUUUGCAUUUUGCCACAAAUAAUGAGAAUGUGUCACAGAAAGAUAAGAUGGUGCCUUCCAAAACGAACACAUGUUCUGGAGACCUCUCUUCUGCUGAGGAGGCUCUGAAAUCAGAAUGCUACAAAGUACAAGCCUGGAUUGCAGUAAGAGCAGCUACACAGACGUCUCUUGAAAUUACUGGAAUUACAUCAAAGAUAUCAUGUGUGAGAACAGCUUCUCCGGUUUCUGUCGUCGCAGAAGCAGAGCGUCCAUUGGAGAGUAGGGCAGCAAAUGCUUCAAAUAAGGAAAUUCACAUUCAGUGGUACAUUCCUUCUCUAGCAAAGUCAUCAAAUGAUACAGAGACUAAGGUUUUGCUGCUUUAUGCUUAUAAUACGGAACCUGUCAAGAUUAGCAACAUCAAGAUUUUCAGUGCGAAGUCUAUGUUUUCAGGCCACUUGUGGAUUCCGUUGGCUAG